AUUGAAUGCUCAAGUAUAUCUGACUACUCAGAAAAAAUUAUCAAGGCCAACCACUUGGACAAUAUAAUCACAAUAUUUAAAGGUAAAGUCGAAGAAGUUGAAUUACCUGUGGACAAAGUAGACAUCAUCAUCAGCGAGUGGAUGGGUUACUGUCUGUUCUAUGAGUCAAUGUUAAACACAGUCAUCUUCGCACGAGACAAGUGGCUGAAACCUGGAGGGCUAAUGUUUCCAGACCGAGCUGCUUUGUACGUGGUAGCAAUUGAAGACAGACAGUACAAGGACUUCAAAAUUCACUGGUGGGAGAAUGUGUACGGCUUUGACAUGACCUGUAUUAGGGAUGUUGCCAUGAAGGAGCCUUUGGUGGACAUAGUAGAUCCAAAGCAAGUGGUGACCAAUGCCUGUUUAAUAAAGGAAGUAGAUAUUUAUACGGUGAAGACUGAAGAAUUGGCAUUUACUUCUGCGUUCUGCCUCCAAAUUCAGCGUAAUGAUUACAUUCAUGCCUUGGUCACCUAUUUUAAUAUUGAAUUUACAAAGUGCCACAAGAAAAUGGGAUUUUCUACAGCACCUGAUGCUCCCUAUACUCACUGGAAGCAAACUGUCUUCUACUUAGAGGACUAUUUAACUGUCAGGCGAGGAGAAGAAAUCUAUGGGACUAUAUCCAUGAAACCAAAUGCAAAAAAUGUGCGUGACCUGGAUUUCACAGUAGACUUGGAUUUUAAAGGACAGCUAUGUGAAAUGUCAGUAUCUAAUGACUACAAAAUGCGCUAGCAGGAAACCUUUCAGAGAGAUGAAAAGGAGAAUUUUAUCAAGUCCUGAACUGCUGAACUUCAAGCUAGGAACAACUGUUCACAAGAUUAUUAUAUCAAAUACUAGAAUGCUUACUCUGAUGGGAAGUGGUAACCUGAUCCUUCUUGCAGAUUGUACAGGGGGCUGGGAUCCCACUGUGAAUGUACAGUAUACAGAACUGUAGCUUUUGUCAAACAUAUAGGAAAAAUAAGCAACAGUCUUGAGUGUUCU